AUGUUUGCCACUAUAAAAUCGUCUAACACUGGCAAAAGGUUUAUAGAUGAUGGCUUAUUUGAUCGAUUAGAUAACCAAAAACUUGAACGGUUUUGUUUACAAAUUUUGCCUUCGAUUCGUCAUAGAAUCGAAUGGCUGGGUGUUGAAGCAUCGUCUAUGGAAAGCAUUCUUCUUUGUACAAGUUAUCCCAACUUAUAUGGACUUGGUUUACAUGGUAUCGAAGAGAAUACUGCAUUACGCAUCUUUACUGGUAAGAGAUUUUCCUUUGAAUUUUUCCUUACUCGUUUAUAUUCCAACAAUAUAGAUAAAUAAGUAGAAUUGUAAAAAGAUUCUUCAUGCAAUUGUGCUAAACGACAUUUUUUAUGUCAACGCUAAAAAGAACAAUGUCAUUAGAAGUCAGCGUGCUUAGAUAGAGAAAACUAGUUAAUAGUGUAGAAAGAAACAGAAUUUAAAAUAGAUGCAACAAUUUGAUCCUCAUGUUUGAAAUCAUUCAUUACUGAUUUUAUAUUUAUUUUAGACGAAACUCCUUUAACUCGCUUGCUUCAGG